UAUCUGGGUAUCUAAAUGACGUGGGAUAUUAUGUUAAUAUGGAAUCUAAAAUAUCUUUGAGGUUCUAAAUGUCCAAAGGGAUCCAGUUGACGUACGUGGAUCUACUUGUCGCGGGAUCUAGGUGGUACGUAACCGCCGAGUGGUUUUAAUUAGGACAAAAACAAUACAAAUCCUGGCUACGCCACUGCAUUUAGAUAUAACUGUAAAGUGUAAGUCUGUAACGAGUGUGAAGGCCAUGAAGAUUAGAUAUUAGCUAUUCUAGUCUUCAUGGUAAAGACUAUACCUAUUGAGUAUUGACUAUUACCUAUUAGCUUGUUUCGUUUUAAUAUUUGUUGUCAUCAGGUAGCGCUGCGGUUCAAAAAGUAAGUUCCCUUCCGUGCACAAACAAUAUAACGGAUACUUUUUUAACCGCGUUAACAAUAAUAAAUUGUACCGUGUUAUACCGUCAUAUUAUCAAACUGAAAUAAUAUAUACAUGCUCACGGCACAUGGCUUAUUCCGGUAUUUCAAUUUCACACUAUUCCACAGAUGUAUUUAAUACUCAAAUGUAUACAAUAGAUGUAUUGUUCGUAAGUCCGUUUUCUUUUUCUAUGAGGAUUAGGACAGACGGGACAGUGAAUUGAAUUGUAGGAAUGUCGGUUGUAAAUCUCAACAAUCAGCGACGUACACAGGAAUUAUUAUUGAAUUUUAUUACCACUGAGAUAUUGAUGAUAUUAAUAUGUAGUUACACAAUUUGGUUUUUUCCCAGUUCCAGUGACUCGUCGGUCUGUAGUUUUGUCCACUGUCCGAUUAUCAACAAUUUUGUGUGUCCGAGACACGAUGAAAAUAUGGUCAAUGUGUAGUGUAGUGUAUACUCUAUACAAGACGUCGUCUUAAUCUGCGAAUAUCCUUUUAAAUUUUUCACUGAGUUGCUCACAUAUUGAUUUCGUGCAACUGGUUACCCGAAGCAGCGUUUUAAAUUAGUAUACCACUCUUCGUAUUUUCGUGUGGACACCAUGUCCUUGCUGAACAACAUCUGGAGUUGGGUGACCGGAAAAACCGAUGUAUCUGAACUGCCGAAUAAUAUUUGUUUUGAAAGAGACGUGUCACCAGAAAAUGAUUUUUGGAUAUCGUGUAUUUUGAACCCAUCGUUGGAUAUCAGAUAUGUGAACGGUAUAGUUACAAAAAUAUUGGACACUGACAAGUGUCUCAUUGACAACAAAUACCAUUAUCAGCCAAAAACCGAGAAAGAAAUUCGUAACUUUCCAUACAUAGAGCUCAACAGUCCAGUCAGGAUAUCACUCUACAGAGAAAAGAACUCUAACAAUACAGAAUGGAAGGUUGCAAGUUGUUUCCUAUCCAAAGAUGGCCCUCGUCAUCAGGCCAAUAUAAUCAGAGCAAACGAGUCUGUCCGUGUUCUCCUCGAUGAUAAUGGACCAACUUCCAAAGUCGAUGAUAUUGUUGAAGAUAAUGAUAACGAUAAUCAAAUGACUAUUGAAGUAUUAGGUGACAUGCCUAAAGUAAUUGGUUUUGAACAAGAAACUAUUAUACAGAUAUUAUUUAGAAAUAACAGCUAUGUUGAGGAGAAAACAUUAAAUGAUUAUCAAACCAUGCAAGGAAACAAAGUACAACUGUCAAUUGUUAAUAAAAAUAAGUUGCCUAUAAUAAUUGGAGUGCAGUCUGAAUAUAUUUUUGACAUUACUCUCAAAGGAAAGUAUUUAGGAAAAUCUACUGAAAAAGUUGAAUUUAUUUUUGAAGAUAUUACUUACAAAGUAGGCAUAAACAUUGAUGUUACUGAUUCAAGAAUAAUUCUUCCGUGUAAUCCGAGUGCUUAUUCUAGGAAAGAUAUUGAUAUGCAAAGGUUAUUUGAAUUGCAAAAUGAUCCAAUAGUUCCCGGUAUUCGAAAAGGCAAUAAAGCACAGUUUCCAACAGUCCGUUUAGCACAGUGGAAUAUUCCAUCUCAGUUAACAAAAUGUUACUGGUUGGAAAAUGGAAUAUUCAAUCAAAGUGUAAGAACUGAAGUUAAAGAGAACAUUCAAAAAUUGUAUCCAGCUGCUUUUGAAAUUCUUACCUAUGAAAAUUACAAAGCAAAAUAUCAUACUCUUUUAUUCAUGGAAGAAGUAGAAAUAACAGCCGCUCUUCAAAAAUAUGCUCAAGAAAGAAUACAUUUUGAAAAUGCAGGUGAAUAUUUAGUUCUAAAAAUACCUGAUCUGUCUGAGCAACGACCCUCAUUAAUUGCUGGUGAUCGAAUAGUUGUUACAGAUCCACCAAAUUGUACUAAAAGAUUAGGUGAAUGUGGACGCUAUGAAGGAAUAAUUCAUAAGGUUUUAGCAAAUGAAGUGUGGUUAAAAUUCGAUCCAGAAUUUCACAGUAUAUGUGGCCAUUGGGAUUAUAGUGUCAAUUUUUUCAAUGCCAGAAUGAUGUAUCGAAAACAACAUGAAGUCAUCAAUGAAAUGUGGAAAAAGAAUAGAUUAGGCGAAUCGUUCUUGUUUCCAUACAGGGAUUCCUUGGAAUACCAACCAUCAAAAUUGAAGAUCUUAAGCCAUGAUAAGAUAAAUGCAGAUAACACCUAUGAGAAUAAUUUGAAAAAAGAUAGCAAUACCCUAUUACCACAACCAAAGAUUGUGCAAAAAAUCAGAUGGUUUAAUAAUAAACUGAAUUUAGAACAAAAAAGUGCUGUUAUUAAUAUUCUGAAAGGUGAAGGGAGACCAAUGCCUUACAUUAUUUAUGGACCUCCUGGCACUGGUAAAACAAUAACCAUGACAGAAAGCAUCAUUCAAGUUUAUAAAGAAUUCCCUAAAAGCAAAUUGUUGAUUUGUGCUCCAACCAAUUCUGCUGUUGACAUGUUACUGUCUAAACUUGUAAACUCGGGUUUAUUUGAUAACUCUAUUAUGAAGCGUUUAGUUGGCUAUAAUCAUUUUAUUAGUUUGUCUUAUAACAUGGAUUAUGAUGAAUAUUGUGUUUUACCUGAACUUGACAGUUCAUAUAGCAAUGGUGAAAUAGAUUCUAGGUUAAUUAAAAAACACGAUAUUCUCAAAUUACGAAUAGUUCUUGCCACUGAAGGCACAGCUGGAUUAUUGUAUAUGAUGGGCUUAAAAAGUGGAACUUUCACUCAUAUAUUUAUAGAUGAAGCUGGACAAUCAACAGAACCAGAAAUGUUAUUACCACUUUCAUUUUUGGAUCCAUACAGAGAUGGACAAGUUGUAAUGGCUGGAGAUCCCAAACAAUUAGGACCUGUUGUUAUGUCAAUUUUAGCAAAAAUCUCUGGUCUGGGAUUGUCCAUGUUAUCUCGUUUUAUUAAUUACCCAUCAUACCUGAGAGAUACUGAUAUUUUUCCAGAACACAAUGGUUUUAACCCAAAACUUAUUACACACUUAAUUCAGAAUUAUCGGGCAUUGCCAGAAAUUGUAUUGAAUUACAACAAAUUAUUUUAUAAAUCAUUAUUAGUGCCAACUAUAUUGAAUGAUAACGCACCGGAAAGAAUAUUAUUAAAUAAUUUGAAUGAAAACGCUCAUUGGGAAAUAGAUUGUAAAGGACCAGUUAUUGUGCAUGGUGUAGUUGGCGAAGACAGCCAAGAUCCUAGUAGUCCUUCAUGGUUUAAUCCCCAUGAAGCUUUCCAAGUCUUAUUGUACUUUACUAGAUUGAUGAAGUCUGGAAUAUCUGCUGAUGACAUUGGAAUUAUCACUCCAUACGCUUCUCAAGUUGCCAAAAUUAAUGAGUUACUGAAAAUGUACCAUCCAGAUAUUAAAUUACCAAAAACAGGUACAGUAGAAAUGUUCCAGGGUCAAGAGAGAAUGAUUAUUAUGAUAUCUAUAGUUAGGAGCAAAUCCACAGCAGGAAGCGAAAAGGAUAAGAAAUUUAACCUCGGUUUUCUUACUGCUAAAGAACGCACCAAUGUUGCAUUGUCUAGAGCAAAAGCAUUGCUCAUAAUUAUUGGAAAUCCAUCAACAAUGCAAAUGAAUUAUUAUUGGAAGUAUAUACUGUCACAAGCAAUCAAAAAUGAUAACUAUAUAGGGUGUAAUGUUACUGAAUACCAGAAAUAAUCUGAAUACUUAAUCAAAAACUAAACUACCUCAGUUUUUCACAAUUUAAAUUUUAUUGUUAUAAUAGUGAUAAUUAAAAUUAUGUUAUUUAAUUAAUAAUUAAUAAUAUAUAUUAUAUUGUUAUUUCACAGCCAAUAUUAAUUUUACGUUUAGUUUUUAUAACUUUAUAUUUUUAACUUAUGUUCUGUAAUAUUUAUGGAUAAAAAUAAAACAACUAUGACUGACUUUGCAAUAAAUAACAUGUUAAUAUUUUUUAAAUUUA